CUGGCUGGGUUGGACAUUUCAUAACCUUAGUCCCCGGGGAAAGCAGGGACGGCCAGAAGGACAGCACUUUGACAGGGUCCAGGAUGGAUGCCUUCGAGAACACAGUGCAGCGGCUGCGGGAGGCCUUCAGCUCAGGACGGACACGGCCGGCCGCAUUCCGGGUGGCGCAGCUGGAGGGCCUGGGCCGCUUUCUCCGGGAAAACAAGCAGCAGCUGCAGGAUGCUCUGGCCCAGGACCUGCAGAAGUCAGCCUUUGAGUCAGAGGUGUCUGAGAUCGCCAUUAGCCAGAGCGAGGUGGACUUGGCCCUCAGGAACCUUCGGGCCUGGAUGAAGGACCAGAAGGUGCCCAAGAACCUGGCCACGCAGCUAGACUCAGCCUUCAUCCGGAAGGAGCCCUUCGGCCUGGUGCUCAUCAUCGCCCCCUGGAACUACCCCCUGAACCUGAUCCUGGUGCCCCUGGUGGGGGCCAUCGCAGCAGGGAACUGUGUGAUGCUGAAGCCGUCAGAGAUCAGCAAGAGCAUUGAGAAGAUCUUGGCCCAGGUGCUGCCCCGCUACCUGGACCAGAGUUGCUUUGCUGUGGCACUGGGUGGACCUGAGGAGACAACGCGGCUGCUGGAACACAGAUUCGACUACAUCUUCUUCACAGGGAGUCCUCGUGUAGGCAAGAUUGUCAUGGCUGCUGCUGCCAAACACCUGACGCCCGUCACCCUGGAGCUGGGGGGCAAGAACCCCUGCUAUGUGGAUGACAACUGUGACCCUCAGACUGUGGCCAACCGCCUGGCUUGGUUCCGCUACUUCAACACCGGCCAGACCUGCGUGGCUCCUGAUUACGUCCUGUGCAGCCAGGAGAUGCAGGAGCGGCUGGUGCCGGCCUUGCAGAAUGCCAUCACUCGUUUCUAUGGCGACGACCCCCGGAGCUCCCCCAAUCUGGGCCGUAUCAUCAGCCAGAAACAUUUCAAGCGGCUUCAGGGACUGCUGCGCUGUGGCCGCGUGGUCAUUGGUGGUCAGAGUGAGGAGAACAAUCUGUACAUUGCACCCACAGUGCUGGUGGAUGUGCAGGAGACGGAGCCGGUGAUGCAGGAGGAGGUCUUCGGGCCCAUCCUGCCCCUGAUGACUGUGAGAAGCCUGGACGAAGCCAUCGACUUCAUCAACCAUCGGGAGAAGCCUCUGGCCCUGUAUGCCUUCUCUAACAACAGCCAGGUGGUCAAACAAGUGCUGGCUCGGACCAGCAGCGGGGGAUUCUGUGGGAAUGACGGCUUCAUGCACUUGACCCUGGCCAGCCUGCCCUUUGGAGGAGUGGGUACCAGUGGGAUGGGCAGUUACCAUGGCAAAUUCUCCUUUGACACCUUCUCGCACCACCGCGCCUGCCUGCUGCGCAGCCCUGGGAUGGAGAAGAUCAAUGACUUUCGCUACCCACCCUACUCACCAAGAAACCUGAGGGUGCUUCUGAUGGCCAUGGAGGAACGCAGCUGCAGCUGCACGCUGCUUUAAGUCUGUGGGCAUUAAGUGCUCCCCCGACCCCAGCUGCUGCAGAUGCAGCCUGUGUCCAGGGCACAAGGACACAGAGCAGCCUGCUCAGCCCAGAGCAAUGCCUGCCUUCCUUCCCCUCGGGGUCCCCUCUUUGGACUUUCAGCCACCCCCCAACUAUGCUGAGUGGGAACAUGGGACAGGUGUGCAGAGACAGUGACCUGUUCCCUUCCCACCUCCAGACACCCAUGUCCUAGGAGAAGAGAAGCAACAGAGGAGUCCUGGCAUCUGUCACACCUUGGAAUCUGUGUGACUGUGCCAUCUCUGUCUCUUCUAAGCCUCAGUUUCCCCAGCUGUACACCUGAGGUGAUGAACAACUUAUACUUCCUGAGACUGUAUGAUGAUUAAAUCAGGGAGGUGCAGA